GAUGAUUCAAAAUGGCAGAUUCAUAGGAAUUUAACUGGUAAAAUGCAAUUUGGCUACUUUUUUUAAGUUAAAAUCUUUUAAUAGGCACAUAUAAUAGGCACUUUUAAUAGGCAUGACAUAGAUGAUAUCUACAGCGGGACAUUUUAAACUCAGAAAAAAAUCAUAAGAACAACGACGAAUUUAAUCUAUGUAUAUAUAAAUUUUAACAGUCGUAUCUAUAGUCGAGAGAAGUAAUUACUUGAUAAAAUUACACAACACAAAAAAGAGAAUUAAAAUGAAAUUAGAAAUGUUAAUAGCUAACAAUAAUAAUAUUCUUAUUAUUAGCAGCUUUUACUUCAUUCUAAUUCGUGUCUUAAGUGAUUACUUUUACUCGACUAUAAGUAUACGGGUAAGUAAGACUGCAACUAAAUGAGGACUCAGCACUCAGCAUUCUAUUUGAUUAUAAAACUUCGUUUUCAAGAUUUCGCCGUCUUUAAAAUCCUGGAUUCGAUUCCAGACUAGUUAAUAUAGCUAAUGAAGUCUCCGGUGGUUAAUUAUGAAAUUUUAUAUUAAUCUUCAAAGCGACACGUUAAAAUAAUUUAAUUAUAAAAUAAACAGACACAUCCGACAAUCUGUUUCGACCACAUUAUUUAAUUACCGACCGCGUUCGGUGAAACAAAAAUAAUUUCCCAUUUUCCUGGCGGAUACGUAAAUAUAGCUAACACCGGUUGCAAGAACGCGUUGUCCCCGCGACUUUAUUUAUAUCUACACACAAUCAUCACCGCUGCAUUAAGAAACACACACGAAACUGAAUGGAACGCUGAUUUAUGUUUAUAAGACAGAGUUUUUUUAACCAUUAAAACAAUCAUGUAAAUUAAAUUGCAAUAGUUAACCGCUAAAAGUAUGUCUAUUUAUUACCUCCUGCAUUUCUCAACUGUUCUAAAAUCACCUGUUUGCGACUUUACUCUGUAGCUUUUUCUGAAACAUAGUAUCGCAAACUAAAAAUAAACAGCCAUUAAUUAAUGAAAAUAUUGAAUUAAAAUGCUGAUAGCACUAACACCACCUUUAUAUUGCAAAUCUCAAAUUGUAUCUUAUAUUUGACCAGCUUUCCGCCAGCGGCUUCGCCCGCGUGGUCUUGUAUUAUACAUAAAAACCUUCCUUUCAAAUCACCCUAUCUAUGAAAAAAACCGCGUCAAAAUCCGUUGCGUAGUUUUAAAAAUUUAAGCAUACAUAGGGAUAUGCGGACAGAGAAAUCGACUUUGUUUUAAACUACGUAGUGAAGUACAUAAUGUUUAAGAGCUCUCAAAGAAAUGUCUCAACAUUAUAGCCUGAUACAAAUACCAACUUUCAGUAAGGAGAUCAAACAUUAAAACAUAACAGCUGUUUUUUUUAUUAUGGGGGUAUCAUAUAUUUCCUUUUUAAUAAAUGAAUUAAUCCAACGAUAUUUUCUUUCGGAUUAUUAGUAAAAAAAAAAAAAAUUCCUUUAAUUCCAGUGAGUGCUCGCUCGUCAUCGUGGGCGGACGUGACAGCGCAAAGAUGCACUAACUGUGCGAUACGUGAUGGCGACGUACACAAUAAAAUGUGCAAAUUGUAAUAUCGUAAUCAACGAACUGCUUGCCUUUAUUCAAAAUAAAGCGGAUGUUAUGGAUGAAGAGUCCCUUGCUCGAAUUUGCUGCGAUUGUUUCUCUGAAGAGGAUAUAGUGGUGUCGAAACGGCUUUUAUUUGAAUCAGUGCCUACUGCAAAACGUGUAAUUCGAAGAAAUAAAGGAAAGAACGUGCGUGAUAUCGACGACAUUAUAAGUCUAUUGAAGCAAACUGAUCCUGAACUGGUGCCUACCUUCGUAGCUCGCGACCUACAAAAAUUACCACCGGUAACCUUUGACCACGUCGAUGUAACCAAAUUGUUAAAGGACAUCAUUUUAUUACAAGUACAAGUAAGGUCAUUCCCUAAGGAGUAUGUUACAUCUAGCCAGCUUUUGGAGGUAAAAAAUGAAAUUGAAGCACUCAAGAAGGCAUCCAUUGUCAAUGAUUUUAUAAACACACGGAGAGUAGCAACAUAUCGAAAUGUUGAGGUGAAUACUUUUGACAGUGGUCCAAUGGCAUUACAACAAUCUAUAGAAAAUACACCUAGCCCUCAGAUCAUACAAAACAGUGAAAAUAUUUUUUCUCCAAAUAUUGAGGGUACUCCGACUUGUCAUAAUAUUGGCUGCGUGACCGCGGAGCGGGUACCCAUUUCUGUUACCGCACAUUCACCGUUGCUACCAAGAUACCGUAUGCAAGGUCAAGAUAGUGCUGUUUCUCUCGCACCUACAGAUAAAAUCGCGCGAAUAUCGACUACCUGUAAAACAGACCAGUCGAUAAUAAACAGGUCUCUUACGGAAAGGUCAAGCAGAAACAACUCAAGAGAAAACAUUAGUAGCAUAACACCUAUCACAAAGAAAACUGCGGCUGAGACUUUACGUGAUACUGUUGGUCAACGCAGUCAAAAUAUGAAUGAUGGUUGGAAAAAGGUUGAGUAUAAAAAGCGAAAAAAUAAAUUAACAAAUAUCAAGAUUGGAAAAGCUAACAUCGAGCCGGACGGAAAGUUCAAGGCGGCGGACAUCAAAUUGCCUAUUUUUAUAUCGAAUGUGUCAAAGCACACGACCGAGGAUGACAUUUUAGAAUACAUAAAGAAUAACACUAAUGAAGAAGUGUUUUAUGAUAUUGAUUAUAGUAGGGACUAUUUUAUAGUACCAAAUCUUUCUCUUAGUCGAUUCCUCAUGACUGAGAAUCGUGAUCAUAAAAAGUCGUGA